AUGAAGAGGAUUAUGCCAGACUUAAUCGGGGAAUUACAGAGUGCCUUUGUGAAGGGGAGAAAGAUACACGUUGGAACGUUAAUUGCAUGUGAAACCGUGCAAUGGUUGAAACUGAAGAAGAAAGGAUUAGCGAUUAUUAAACUGGACUUCCAAAAAACCUAUGACAGAGUCAAAUGGUGCUUUGUUGAUACUGUGCUGGAGAAGAUGAGCUUCGGAAGGAAAUGGAGGGCAUGGGUUAGGGAGUGUGUUACUUCGGCUUCUAUCUCUAUUCUAGUUAAUGAGGAGGAGACACUGAGGAACUAUAAGAGACUUCUGAGGUGCUUUGAAAUGAUGUCUGGGUUGAACAUUAACUUUGAGAAGUCUAACUUGAUACUAGUGAACUGCAGUCAGGAGUGGGUUAAUCGGAUGUGCCAGCUACUAGGAUGUCAAGAGGCAACUCUACCGAUGCCUAACGCGGUUGCUCGAAGAAUUAUAUCCUUGCAGAGGAGAUUCUUUUGGGGGAAGGAUGAUGGUCGACCUGGCAUGGCCCUUGUAAAGGGGGAGCUGGUACAGACAUCGGAGAAGCUAGGAGGAUUGGGGGUGGGUGAUGCAGUGUUUGAAUCCAAAUCACUUGUUGUCAACUCAGAUAUUACUGAAGAGGGGAGACUGUGGAAAGACAUAUGUCAAGUGCAAAUAAGGGAGCAACAUGUCAAGCAGAAGAUGAUUGAUGGCUUGGCUAUGGAGGUAGGAGAUGAAAGAUCCACCAGAUUUUGGGAUGAUACAUGGUUGCAAUGGAGAAGAGAACCGAGACAAUGGGAGACAGAUACACUGAACCAACUGCUUAAUGUCUUGCAAUCUGUUAGACUGAUAGCGGAUGUGCAAGACAGAGUGGUUUUACAGGAAGAGACUUUGGAUGAGGAGCUUCUGAGAUUCAGGUUCACAAAGGAGAUAUGGAAAGGUCUAGUUCCGUUUGGAGUGGAGCUGUUCGCGUGGUUUGUUUUGGUAGGCCGGGUCAACACAAAGGACCGACUAAGUGUGGCGUGCUUGGAUCUCGACGUUUGGACAGACAUGGAUUAUCCCUGGUACGUUGAAAGAGCAUUUUGA